CAGCGGGCUUCUUAAACAUAAACAGGCCCACACGCCCAACAAUCAUAUACAUUCUUUGCUGCUCAUAAAUUUCAGUAACAAAUAAAAAAAUUAUUCUACCGGAACAAACAGAGCCCUAAUCUCACACCAUUGAGCAUCCAAUUUUUGCAGUUUGAUCCUGCGGAGAUGUUCAAGAACACGUUCCAGUCGGGAUUUUUGUCCAUUCUGUACAGUCUUGGAAGCAAGCCUCUGCAGAUCUGGGAUAAGGAAGUUGUUGAUGGUCAUAUCAAACGGAUCCAAGAUGACGACAUACAAUCGAAUGUCCUUGAAAUAGUUGGAUCAAAUGUGCAGUCCACAUAUAUUACAUGCCCGACAGAUCCUGCUGCAACCCUUGGUAUAAAGCUACCUUUUCUGGUGGUUAUUGUUAAAAAUCUGAAGAAGUACUUCACAUUUGAGAUUCAAGUGCUGGAUGAUAAGAAUGUCAGACGACGUUUCCGAGCUUCUAAUUUUCAAGCUGUGACCCGAGUUAAACCAUUUAUAUGUACUAUGCCUUUGAGGAUGGAUGAGGGUUGGAAUCAAAUUCAGCUGAAUCUUGCUGAUUAUACCAGACGAGCAUAUGGAACAAAUUAUGUUGAGACGCUGAGAGUUCAAGUUCAUGCAAAUUGUCGCCUAAGAAGAAUAUAUUUCUCAGACCGUCUCUAUUCAGAGGAGGAACUCCCGCCAGAAUUCAAAUUGUACCUCCCUAUGCAGAAAGCGUGAUGCUUCCAGAAGGCUUUUGCUACAUUUGAGUUCAUCUAAUUGUCCUCAUCUAAGAGCUCUAUAGUAUUAUUAAAUUUGUAAGAAAUUGGACAAGAUGUCCAAAUCUUGCCCCUGGAAGGUGCUCAUCUCCAGCGACUUACUAAAAGAUGCAAAUCUUAAAUAUCUGUAUGGUUGUUCUUCUAAUCCAUACUCCGUAGUAUUCACUGCACAUUUGUACUGAUUUGGUAUUAAACUCUGUAUGAUCAUUCAAUUUUCAUGAA